AUGGCUGACCAAACGCACCAUGCCCCGACAACUAACAGCGACGAUCCUCUAACGGUCGCAGAAGUUGAGGCUGUCGCCCGGACUCGGUUGCCAUCUCACGUCUACAACUACUACGCAGGGGGGUCCGACGGCCAACACGCAGUGCGCAGGAACAGAGAUGCAUUCGCAAGUGUAAAUAUCGUGCCGCGGGUGCUGAGGGACGUCAAAGAGGUCAGCACGGAAACCGAGAUAUUUGGGCGGACGAGCGCGCUGCCCAUUGCCUUUGCCCCCAGCGCUAUGCAGAGACUAGCCGGGGGCGAGGGCGAGAUUGACACGGCCAGGGCGGCCGUCAAGGCUGGGCUCAGCCUCACUCUGUCGUCCCAGUCGACUGUAUCCCUCGAGGAUGUCAUGGAGGCCGCCAAGGCCGCGGCUGACGGCGGUGUCGAGCCCAACUUUUGGUUCCAGAUCUACCUCACCGCGGAUUGGGAGUGGAACACCCAGCUCAUAGCACGGGCAGAAGAGGAGACGGCUGACCUUGUCUUUGCAGCUGCCGGAUACAAGGCGCUGGUUCUCACAGUCGACACGCCGGUGCUCGGCAACCGCCUGGGCGAGCGUAAAUCGCCUGUCGUCCUGCCGCGGCACCUCAAGCUAGCCAAUUACCCAGCGGACAACAGGGGCAAGCCUUCGCUCAACCGACAGCUCAUGGACGCGCGUACGGCGGCACAGGCGCGUAAGAUCACGAGCGACGCGCGAGGGACGCUCCACGACCCCUCGCUCGACUGGCAUGUGGUAGCGCGCCUCAAGAGCCUGACGAGCAUGAAGGUAAUCCUCAAGGGCGUUAUGGCGCCCGAAGACGCGCGACUGGCCGUCGAGAAGGGCGCCGACGCCAUCGUCGUCUCCAACCACGGGGGCAGGCAGCUCGACGAUAUCCCGUCGACACUUGAGGUGCUGCCUGCCGUUGCCGAGGCCGUCGCGGGCCGGAUCCCCGUCAUCUUUGACGGCGGCGUGAGGCAAGGCAGCCACGUCUUCAAAGCCAUCGCGUUGGGCGCCGACCUCGUCCUCGUCGGCCGCCCCGUGCUGUGGGGGCUGGGAUACAAGGGCCAGGAGGGCGUCGAGGCGGUCGUUCACAUCCUUGAGAGGGAGCUGAGCAGGACUAUGGCUCUCGCCGGCGUGACGACCGUAGCGGACAUUGCCAAUGCUACUUUGGUGCAUCGGGCAAAUGCCCGACUAUAG